UCAAUUGUCUCUGUUGGAGCUGCAGUCUGCUCCAGUCGGCGAGAGCAAGCCAGGUCACACUUGAUAAAGAGCUGCUUUCAGGACAACUGUUCACUCCCAGACGCAUAGAGGCAAUCUUCUGGGCUCUGAACUGAAAUUGUCCUUCCCAGAAUGGAGAAGAUGGUGAUGAAGCUGUUGAUGAUAUUUGUCCUUGCAACGAACCCCUGGUUGCCCUACUGUGCAGGUUUCCCCGUGUAUGACUACGACCUGUCUUCCUUGAGGGAGGCUGUCAACGCCUCCGUGGCAAAAGUGAACUCCCAGUCGCUGAGCCCCUAUUUGUUUCGGGCAUUCAGAAGCUCAAUUAAAAGAGUCAACGUCCAGGACGAGAACAGCUUCACCAUGGACAUAGAGUUUGGCAUUCGAGAGACAACAUGCAGAAGGGGUUCUGGGGAAGACCCCGCCACCUGUGACUUCCAAACGGGCUACUACAUGCCAGCGGCCAUUUGCAGAAGUACCGUGAUGGUGUCUGAUGAGCAGGUGAAGGACGUGUGGGUUCGCUGCCAAUGGUCUUCCAGCUCCGAGUCUAGCAGCAGUGAAGAGAUGGUUUUUGGGGAUAUCUUGGGAUCCUCUACAUCGAGGAACAAUUAUAUGCGUGAUCUCAUUCCUGACAGAUCCAGAAGUGAGCCAUUUUAUGAACGGUCACUUGAGACCAUGAGAAGGGGCUCUCCUCCUGGAAAUAGAAGGUACCCGGACCCAUGGCCCAGAACGAGAAUAAACGCUGGCUUUGAGUGACAGCUUUGAGGUGUCUCUUGCCCUUUUCCUUGUUCAAGGAACUGGCUGCUUUGCGUCGUUGCUCUAGUCUCUGGUGCCGUCUUGGAUUCCUUUUCAAACAGCGCCCUGGGCCCUGGGCCUCCAUAGUGAGAGUGUGAGAUGCUGCCACAGGGUCUCAUCCUCCCCUGCUUCUCUCUUUUAACAGCAAAAUGCAUUGGAAGGAAUGGACGUUCCCAUGAAGAAAGAUACUAUAUGAUUUGUGUGAUUUUUCUUUUGAUUGGUUUCAGUCCAUAAUAAAUGGCUUA